AUGUUGAUGCAGGCACUGUUUGUGGCUGUGCUGGCAUCAUUCUGCAAUGCACAGUUUCAACCACAACCAGCAGGUCGUAUCUUAGAGCCACCUGUUCCAACUCUCUGUGCACAGAGGAAGAUUCAUGAACACUUCAAUGGCAAGGGCUAUUUCUUCUCAUGGAAAGACUCACAAACACAAACUCCUGAAGACUGGCUUGGUGGUCGUAACUGGUGUCGCAUGCGUUGUAUGGACCUUGUCAGUUUAGAAACUACAGCUGAGAACGAGUUCAUUAAGAAGCGAAUUGUUGAAGGAAACCAACGUUACAUAUGGACAAGUGGGCGUCUCUGUGACUUUAAGGGUUGUGACCGCCCAGAUCUGCAGCCCCUCCAUAUUAAUGGUUGGUUCUGGACUGCUGAACUGACUCGUCUUCCACCCACAACUGACAGACAUCAAAAUGAUUGGAGUCAUACUGGAGGACUCAACAGGCCCCAGCCUGACAACAGAGAACCUCAGCAGGGAGGAGCUCCAGAGAACUGCCUUGCUGUGUUGAACAAUUUCUACAAUGAUGGCGUUCACUGGCAUGAUGUUGCUUGCCACCACCGCAAACCAUUUGUCUGUGAAGACAAUGAUGCUCUUUUGAAAUAUGUGCGAUACACCAAUCCCCAUCUGAAAGUAUAAAACACUGUAAAU